UCCCAGCUCGGGAGGGCAGCACCUGUUCCCUCCUUCGGCUGGGAAGCUGGAAGCCACAGCGGCCACAAUUGCUCUUUUCCUCUGUCUCCUGGAAAGCAACUCUCUCAAGUUUGGCUGCCCGGGCGCGAAAGAAAGAGGCGCUGAAGCCAGGAGGAGAAGGCUUUGGGGGGCUCGGAAGGCCCUCCUUUGCUCCCCCAAACCCCGAGGAAGAGAAGGAAGAAGAAGGAGAAAAGGCAAGGGAGAAAGCGCUUCUUUUCUUUUGCCGGACAGCUUCGGAGGCAUCCCAGUCCAGCCAAGUUGAAGUGUUUGGGGUUCGAGAGAGACCAGGAAGGAGGUGGAUUUCGGGGUCCUCCUCCGCCAGGCACCAUGACGCCUCCUUUGGGGAGUUUUUAAGGGAAGGAACGAGCCCAGCAAAAAGUGAAGGACGCUCCCAGGAGCAGGCGACGAUCGCUGCUUCGCCCCGCAGGGCUUUUCUACAGAAAAAUGGUUCUUUAUUUGGACUGGUUUGCUCACUAUCCGCUCAUACUUUUGUACCAUUGGACGGUAACAACAUUAUCGCUAAAUCUUGAAGAUCCAAAUGUGUGCAGCCACUGGGAGAGUUAUUCUGUUACCGUCCAAGAAUCUUAUCCCCACCCUUUUGAUCAAGUUUACUACACUAGCUGUACAGACAUACUCAACUGGUUUAAAUGCACACGGCACAGAAUCAGUUAUCGGACUGCCUACAGGCAUGGUGAAAAAACUAUGUACAGAAGAAAAUCUCAGUGUUGUCCUGGAUUUUACGAAAGCCGGGAAAUGUGCAUCCCUCACUGUUCUGAUAAAUGUAUCCAUGGCCGCUGUAUUGCUCCAAACACCUGUCAGUGUGAGCCUGGCUGGGGUGGACCCAACUGCUCCAGUGCAUGUGACAGCAACCAUUGGGGACCCCACUGCAGUAGUCGUUGCCAGUGCAAAAAUGGAGCCUUGUGUAACCCCAUAACUGGAGCCUGCCAUUGUGCAGCUGGAUUCAAGGGAUGGCGCUGUGAAGAACACUGUGACCAAGGGACAUAUGGAAAUGAUUGUCACCAAAAAUGCCAGUGUCAGAAUGGAGCCACUUGUGAUCAUGUAACUGGAGAAUGCAGAUGUCCUCCUGGAUACACCGGAGCUUUCUGUGAGGAUCUCUGUCCCCCAGGGAAGCAUGGGCCACAAUGUGAAGAAAGGUGUCCAUGCCAGAAUGGAGGAGUGUGUCAUCAUGUAACUGGGGAAUGUGCCUGUCCUCCUGGAUGGAUGGGCACAGUCUGUGGCCAGCCUUGUCCUGAAGGGCGCUAUGGAAAAAAUUGCUCCCAAGAAUGUCAAUGUCACAAUGGAGGGAAAUGUGACUCAGCAACAGGCCAAUGCAACUGCGGUCCAGGUUACACAGGGGAACGAUGCCAAGAUGAAUGUGCAGUGGGAACCUUUGGAGUACAAUGUGCAGAAACAUGCCAAUGCAGGAAUGGUGGAAAGUGCUACCACAUAAGUGGUGCCUGUCUUUGUGAGCCAGGAUAUACUGGAGAACAUUGUGAAACAAGACUGUGUACAGAAGGCAUCUAUGGAAUCAAAUGUGACAAGAAAUGCCCCUGUCAUUUGCCAAACACACACAGCUGUCACCCCAUGUCUGGAGAGUGCUCCUGCGAGUCGGGCUGGUCUGGGCUCUACUGCAAUGAGACAUGUUCCCCGGGAUUCUAUGGCGAAUCUUGUCAACAGAUCUGCACUUGCCAAAAUGGCGCUGACUGCGACAGUGUGAGUGGAAAAUGCAUCUGUGCGCCAGGAUUUAAGGGUUCAGAUUGUUCCAUUCCUUGUCCUCUUGGAACAUAUGGAGUAAAUUGCUCAUCCACUUGCAACUGCAAAAACGAGGCCAUCUGUUCCCCUGCGGAUGGUUCUUGUACCUGUAAAGCAGGUUGGCAUGGAGUGGACUGCUCUAUAAACUGUCCAAGUGGGACAUGGGGUCUUGGCUGUAAUUUAACCUGCCAAUGCCUUAAUGGAGGGGCAUGCAAUACUCUGGAUGGGACUUGUACCUGUGCUCCUGGAUGGACUGGGGAGAAAUGUGAACAUCCUUGUCAAGAUGGCACAUAUGGGUUGGACUGUGCAGAGCGCUGUGACUGCAGCCAUGCAGAUGGCUGUCACCCAACUACUGGCUACUGUCGCUGCCUCCCAGGAUGGUCAGGCAUGCGUUGUGACAGUGUCUGUGCUGAAGGACACUGGGGGCCAAACUGUUCAUUGUCCUGUUACUGCAAAAAUGGAGCCUCAUGUUCUCCAGAUGAAGGAAUCUGUGAAUGUGCACCUGGUUACAGAGGCACUACUUGCCAAAGAAUCUGUUCCCCAGGAUUUUAUGGCCAUCGCUGUAGCCAGGCAUGUCCUCAAUGUGUACACAGCAGUGGUCCAUGCCAUCAUGUAACUGGACUGUGUGAUUGCUUACCUGGUUUCACAGGUGCUCUUUGCAAUGAAGUGUGUCCCAGUGGAAGGUUUGGGAAGAACUGCGCAGGAGUUUGCACAUGCACCAACAAUGGGACUUGUAAUCCAAUUGACAGAUCUUGUCAGUGCUAUCCAGGCUGGAUUGGUAGUGACUGUUCUCAGCCUUGCCCUCCUUCUCACUGGGGCCCAAACUGCAUCCAUACCUGCAAUUGUCAUAAUGGAGCUCGCUGUAGUGCCUAUGAUGGGGAAUGUAAAUGUACACCAGGGUGGACAGGUCUCUACUGUACACAAAGAUGUCCUUUGGGAUUUUAUGGAAAAGACUGUGCAUUAAUCUGCCAAUGUCAGAAUGGAGCUGACUGUGACCAUAUCUCAGGGCAGUGUACAUGCCGUACAGGAUUCAUGGGGAAGCACUGUGAACAGAAGUGCCCUGCAGGUACAUAUGGCUAUGGCUGCCGGCAAAUAUGUGACUGUCUGAACAACUCAACUUGUGAUCACAUCACUGGAACCUGUUAUUGCAGCCCAGGCUGGAAAGGGGCACGGUGUGACCAAGCUGGGGUGAUUAUAGUGGGAAAUCUGAACAGCUUAAGCCGUACUAGUGCUGCCAUCCCUGCUGAUUCCUACCAGAUUGGGGCCAUUGCAGGCAUCAUUAUUCUUGUCCUUGUUGUCCUCUUCCUGCUAGCACUAUUCAUCAUUUAUAGACAAAAACAGAAGGGCAAAGAAACAAAUAUGCCAGCAGUUAGCUAUACACCUGCCUUGAGAGUCAUCAAUACAGACUACAGCAUCACGGAAACGAUUCCUCACAAUAAUGGUGGAAAUGCUAAUAGUCACUACUUCUCCAACCCAAGCUACCAUACUCUUACACAGUGUGCAAACUCAGCAAAUGCCAACAACAUGGACAGGAUGACUAUGACAAAGACAAAUAACAACCAGCUUUUUGUGAAUCUUAAGAACAUUGAUCCAGGGAAGCGAGGACCCGUUAUGGACUACACAGGAACGUUGCCUGCUGACUGGAAGCAUGGAGGUUACCUCAAUGAGCUUGGGGCUUUUGGAACUGAUAGAGGUUGCAUAGGAAAAUCUCUGAAAGAUCUAGUAAAGAAUUCUGAGUACAACUUAAGUAACUGCUCCCUGAGUAGCUCUGAAAAUCCAUAUGCUACUAUUAAAGAUCCACCAGCACUCACACCAAAAAAUUCAGAAUGCGGAUAUGUUGAAAUGAAGUCACCAGCGCGCAGGGACUCUGCUUAUGCAGAAAUCAGUAACUCUGCCUCAACCAACAAGAAUGUAUAUGAAGUUGAACCUACCGUCAGUGUUAUUCAAGGAAACCUGAAUAAUAAUGGACCUAUCAACCAAGAUCUUUACGAUCUGCCAAAAAACAGCCACAUCCCCUGCCACUAUGACCUGUUGCCUGUUCGGGAUAGUCCUCCAUCUUCAGAGAAGGAUGACAGCAGCGAAUGACAUUCUGAUGAGGAUUCUGAAGCUUAGUUCAUGGAGACCGGGAACCUAGUUCUCCUCCUCUGUUUUGCCAUCUCGAAAAAACAUGUGCUGCACAUUUACCAGGAGAAACAAACAACAGUUUGUAUGCAAUCAUGGCAGAUGGAGAGAUGCCAAGCCUGGAAGACUGACAGAUUUUCCAUCGCAAUUAAUUUUUUCAGAGAAAUGAAUGCCAAACUUUACCCUGAAAUGGACUGGUUCAGAAGUAUGACCUUGCAGAACAGUUCUUGUGCCAGCUGGAUAUCUGUAGCUAAUGAUGGAUGGCCAUUUUGUCACUAGUUCAGCUUGCAUAGUUGACAUGGAGCCAAGACUCUAUACAAUCUACCAAAUACUUAGCCAAGCCAUCCAAAUUAGCAGUUACUUUGGGGAGGAGAGAAUCCAGUCUAUUACUGAUUUUCAAAUUUUGUAUGUCCCCUUGUCCAAGACAUGUAAGAACAUACAGUCUUUUAAAGCACAAUUAUCUACUGUGCUGGAUUAUGCUGAAAAAGUCAAGCCAAGAUAUUUACUCCAUUGCUGGUAAUGGAAAUACAAAAUAGGAAUUGCUUUGAAGAUAAAGGAAACCUCGGAUGAACAUGUCCGAAGAGCUGUUUUAUGAAAUAGGAAUUGGUUUUCACCAAGCCAUGAGCACAACUGAAGCUUGCAGUUAAUAAUUCUGAUUACAGUAUUCAUAACAUAUCAGUAAUUGUUUCAUAAACAUGUAAAUAAAAUGGUUUAUUUUUGUCAAAAAUUGUUUGAAUCAGUGGGCAAGAGAAGGAGAAACAUACACUAUGCUGUGCAUUUUAAACGCAAAAGAAGGCUUAAGUUUCAUAGGCAAGUAGCACUAUUAUUGUAAGAUGAAAUAAGAAUGGAACAUAUUUGAUUUACCGUUCACCUGGAAUCAACUGAUCGAUUUGUGUGCAUACUUACUUUUUAAAAAUUACCUUUUUUUAAAUAAUUGAUUUAGGGAAAAUAUGCUUAAGCUGGACUUUUGCAUCGCUAACCUGACACAUAUGUCCCACGUUUCAUUAACUUGUUAUUUCUAUUUUAAAAUUAAUGUAGCUAUGUUUUCUAGUGCUUUAGGAUAACAGUGCAGAAAUAUUAUAUUUUAUGCCUUCUGUAUUUUUGUCAGCUCCCAAUACCCCUCUUUUUCUGAUAUAGGAGCACUGUUUUUUAAUGAAAAAAAAUAUUUAGAUAAUGUAAAUUUCCCAAUGAGAGAUAGGCUAGAGGGAUCAUCCAUAACAAGUGUAAACUGUUGGUAUUCGUCAUUUUUUAAAAAAUGAUUAAAUCACAAUACGAGGGAUAAAGGCUAUAACAAGAAAAAGUAUUAAAUAGAAAAUAGAAAAUAAAUCAACUUUUAAAAAUUUUGUAAGUGUCAUCUCUCUGUUCCAAAGGCAAUUUAUGUAUGUUCUAAUGAGCCAAUUUAUAGUUGAAUUGUCAAGUGAAAGAUAAAGAUUGGCAAAUUAAUCCAUCUCUCGUUGUAGAGUUGUUCUAUAUAAUUUAACUAUCCUUUGUUAGCAUAAUUUUUGCCCUAAUGGUAACAGGGCAUUCCUUAAACAGUGUAUGAUGUGUAAUUGUUAUGUUCGGUUUAGUUUACUGUUUCUCAUUUAACUUUCACAUUACAUAUACAACCUAAAGCUGGAAAAUCAGGAGGUUAUCACAGUAGAACAUAUUAGCAAAAUUCUGUAUUGCCAUGCAGAAUCUUUUUACAGAUUCUGUUUCCUAGAAUUACCCUCCAAACUCCGAUAUAAAUCCCUGGGUGCAAUAGUUAGGACUUUUAGGUACAAAGUAUUGGGACCGUGAUUCAGCAAAUGGGGUUGAAAAUAAUAAUAUAAUAAUAAUAACUUUAUUUUUAUACCCCGCCCCAUCUCCCCGAAGGGACUCGGGGCGGCUUACAUGGGGCCUGGCCCGAUAAAACAAACAAAUAACAGCUGCUGGUAAUGGCGGAAAAGAAAAGAAAAACCCAAUUCAUCAAGGGACUUGACACCACUUCACUUUAUUCUGUGUAUGCCCUUUUUCAAACAAAGAAUUACCAUAGUUUGAAUUAGCCUUUGACAUUUUUUGCCCUUUAUAUGUUAAAGAUUUUGUAAUCUUGGUACAUGCAAGCAGAAAAGUCAAAAACAUGGAGUUUGGAGUUUUAAGCAGCACCAAUACCUUGCUGUAGAAUAAGUUUGUUUUGGUGUUUGGAAUAGCUAUUUGCUCUUUUGUAUUAUGUUAUACAAACUCACAAAUAAAGCCUAUCUUUUUUGGAA